AUGGUGCUUCUCACAUCGUCGCAAGUGUCUGUUGCUAUCUCCUCAGCCAUCGUCAUUGCUUUUACCACAGCUCUCUUCCUCAGUGGCUACGUGAUUCAGCAACGCACAGUAGGGCAUCUACGCGCUGCAAUAAGGCCGAAUCCUUCGCCUCAGAUAUACCUCCCCGACCGGUUUAGGCAAGACACCACUGAGCUCGCAGACGGCACGAUCGUCGUGCUUGACGAGUACAACCGACCUACCAGGCAGCGCAUUGCUGUGUCUAAUGAACCUGGUGGCCAGAACCCCGCUCUUUACGAGGGCGGGGGUGGCGAAGUGGCGGUCGAUGUGAAGGAGGAGACCGUUCCAGAAUCAUUGGGCGAGCAGCAACAGCAAAGAGUACUUGCGAUUGAGAAGCUGCAGCAAGAAACAGAAGAUGCGGAGGCACAUGGGCGGGAGCAGCGCCAAGAAGAGCAACAUGCACCGGUGGAGACGAAGCCGCAGCCGGCUCCAUGGGAGGUGAGGGCAGAGGGCGAGCAAACACCGAACGAGGAUACCGAGGACCCGAACGACGGGACGAAAAAGCCUGUCAGUAGGGCGGAGAGGAGGAGACUGAUCAAGGAGGAGAUCAUGAGGCUGUCUCAGGGUGAUGAACCUGUGUAUUACCAGCGACGGCUGUAUUGA